UGUAUUCAAGACUUCUUCACAACUGACGCAAGAGCAAUAGACACGACUUCUGCAGCUGAGAGCUCCUGACUUGGCGGGUUUGUCGCGUUACGUAUUGCACCAUAAAAGGCUCUUUGUAGGAAGGCAGAGGCCGUAGAAGUGCGACUGAAAACGAAUAAACGCGCUCUGAGCGUCUGUCGACUCUCCGGUGGCCAGGGUUGAAGGCCCGCGCGGAUGGCGGCCGCAUCAGGCCGGCAGGGCCAGAUGGAGGAUCGGACGUACACACUGUCGCAGACGCGAUACGAGGUGUGCACGACCAUCCACCACUGGCAGCUGCGUGACCUGGUGUCGGCGGGGGACAGCAGCGAUGAAAUGCUGUGCGUGUGCGACUCGUCGGUGCUGCACUACAACUGCGCCACGCGGGAGGUGACGUCGGUCCUGUCGCUGGACUGGUGCCCCAACAGCAUGACGUACGCACACGGCAUCCUGGCGGCGGGAGGGCCAUCCAGCCAGCUGUUCGUGAAGGACCUCCGGGACAAGCGGGUGCUGCACCGGGACCCGCUGGGGGGGUCGGUCAACAACGCGGUGCACAUAGCGAAGCCGAACGGGAGACUCAUGCUCUGGGCGUGCAAUAACGACUACAUAGUCAAAGUGUACAACAUCGAAAGCAACUCGCUCACACCAAACACGUCCUUCCGCACGCCGGUGCCCAUCAACUACUGCGCGCUGUCCCCGGACGGCCGCUACCUGUCCUGCGUGGGCGACUGCUCCGACACCAUGGUGUACGCGGUGCGGGAGGGCGGCUACAGCCGCAUACAGAGCUUCCGGCAGGCGCACGACACGGGCAUCAGCACAGCCUGGUCCCCCAGCGGCUCCUUCCUGGCCAGCGCGCACCAGGACGGCACGUUGGCUGUGUGGGACAUGCGCGCCUCCGCACCCGUGCACAAGUACAGGCUCAACAGCGCCUGCCGCAACGUCAAGUUCUCGCCAGGCGUGCUGGACCUGAUGGCGUUUGCGGAGCACGAGGACCUGGCACACAUCGUGGACGUGCGGCAGUGGAGCGCCGUGCAGCACCUCAACGCAGGCUGCGGGCAGGGCCACGACAUCACGGGCAUCGCCUUCGCCGCCGCCUCCGACCGGCUGUGGGUGGGGCUGGACGAGUGCGUGCUUGCCUACGAGCUGGACACGGUGGCGCGGCGCGCGUUCGGGCACGGGUCCUUGUGCUGAGAGGCGGCUUGCGGCGCAGCUCCUUGUGCUGAGUGCGCAAUAAACUGGCGAUCGCGUGUUCGGCUCGCGCUGGGUUUACCAGGCUGUGGGUUUCGAAGAGAUCGCUCGGCGGGACGGAUGCCAGCGGUUGUGUAGGUAGGGGCCUUGCACGGGUUGGGAGAGGCGUGGGAGUUGCGCGCCCCGGCGUUCGGCGGCUCGGCAGGCUUUGUGCGGUGUUGACCUGCUGGUUUUUGGAGGUCGAAGUGGGUACCCGUCCAUGGGUUGCCGCCAACGGGACGCCGUGCAAAGUUCACACUGUGUUAUGGUGGCGCACCGCGCUUGGAUGCGUCAGGGUGCAUCGUGGUGUGGUUUCUUGAGCGGCGAUUGAAGGCCGCCAACAUCACAAAGCAGCGUUGGCAUGGCGUUUGGUGGGGGUUCCAUGCCAGCGGGGCAGGCUUUUAUGCAUUGUCCAGUGUACGUAUAUGUAUAGUUUACAGGAGCGAUUGGUUGGGGUAGCGCAGGAGGUGUGCAUAUGCAUGCAGGUACGAGCAGGGGAGGUCAGGAGAGAACGCAAGGAGACGGGACCGCGCAUUAUCAUACGCUGAUUGGCAAGAGCGGGGACGUAGGUGAUGCUUGGACCAUGCCAUUCACUCCGGUUGCGACAGCAUCUUUGAUAACGCUUGGAGGAACGCGACAACGGAGGCGUGUGUGUGUGUGUGUGUGGAGUUGCGCCAAUAGUGACUCCAGUCUCCAGACAGCACGCAUGUGUUGGGCGGAGACUGUAAUCGGUGCAGUUGAUGCAGGCGGGAACACCACGUGUGCACGAAGCGGGGGACAACACGGGGGGGAGGGGCGACGGCGCGUGCGGCGCGCGCCAGCGUCAUCGGCCCUGGCUGGCGGCCAUGCUGCAACAUGCUGCUGCAAACACUGUCACGCGCUACGGCAAGUCUGCAACUGUUCA